CUGCGUACUUACUCACGUGCUUCGUACUUUUUCUUGUCGCUAGGCUGGUCGUACAAAGCAAGACUUACAUAGAACGACGUCACCAGUGCACUGGCAAAAUAAAACACAGCAUCUCUACUGCCCUCUGGAGAUUGUAUUUUGUCACUUUGAUUUUUCUCACUUUACUAUCCUCGCGUGUGGUGGUGCAUCUCUAUUCCCCACCUGCUUCUGUCCCUGUAUCUGUACAAAUACGAAACUUUGGUUUUUCAUACCAUCUUCCUACGAGCAAAAUGUCCUCGCCUUUUGGCAGCUACGACCCGCUUGUCGGAGGUUCCCCCAUGCGGACCAACAUGCCAGGUUUCGGGAACACGGCAUUCGGCAACGCAUUGACGGUUCCGCAAGCGAACUAUCCUCUUUCGCCGCAGCCCUUCGUGAACUCGCCAGCCGCCUACGCCUCACCCUUGCCCGCAAACCUCGCAAUGGCGCCACCAAGUAUAAUACUUUUUUGCUUGUGUUUCCAAUUAUAUUUUUGCUUCCAGGAGGUCCUGAUCCUGUCUUUAGCUUUCGCCUUUCGGUUAUGGUUUCUCGUUUUGAUUCCCGUUGCAGCAACAAAUCCGUUUGUGAAAUCAGCUCGGUGCUGCAAGAAUUUUAUUUUUACCCAACGAUACAACAGCACCUGCCGGCAUGGGGCAGGCUUUGCUGCAGGCUGCACUGUCUCAGCAGGCCGAUGAACAGCGCGAGAUGAUUGCAAUCGAGGUCCACCACCAAAGGCUCAAUCGCGUGGAGGAUGUGGUCGACGGGUUAGCCCGCGAAACCAGCAUGGUAGCCACCGACCACGAGAUGCGGAUGCGGAAAAUCGAAGAUUUUUUGGCCGACCAAAUCAACCGUAUGAAGCAAGGCAUGGACACGGAUAAGAGGUCAUGAUAAGAAAUUUAUGGCACUUCCUCGCGUUCGUGAUUACAUUCCUAAAGCACCCACUGUUUGAUUUUGUUCUCUAUUUGACCUUCCCUAUUCCGCUGCCAGAUCGUGUCUCUCCAUUCUUAGCGAAGAACAAUUCAUAAGAGAAAGCUCUUGUUUAUGUUUUGAAAAUUCAAGCUUCGCUUGCGCUUCAUUGUGUUUUGAAUUCCCCUUGUUUCGAUCUCCGAUGUGAAUGGUUUUUUUUUGGCAACUCCACGCGAGAUAGAAGUUAGGAAAGCGAAAAACAAU